AUGUCGAGAAUAGACAAGCUCUCCAUCUCCGGCGUCCGCUCCUUCAGCCCGGCUGUUCGAGAGGCCAUUCAGUUCAACACCCCGUUGACUCUCAUUGUUGGCUACAAUGGAUCCGGAAAGACGACAAUUAUUGAGUGCCUGAAAUAUGCAACCACAGGCGAACUGCCUCCCAACAGCAAGGGCGGCGCCUUCAUCCAUGACCCAAAGCUCGCCGGAGAGAAAGAGGUCAUGGCCCAGGUCAAACUACAGUUUCGCUCCAUCAACGAUCGACAACAUGUGGCAACUCGAAGCUUACAACUCACCGCAAAAAAGAACACCCGGUCACAAAAGACGCUUGACUGCUCAUUAGUGGUUGUCAACAAUGGAGAACGAACGACUACAUCAACUAGGCAGGCGCAGCUUGAUGAGAUGAUUCCUGAGCGGCUCGGUGUUUCUCCAGCUAUUCUCGACGCCGUCAUAUUCUGUCACCAGGAUGAAUCUCUCUGGCCGCUGAGUGAGCCCUCAGCCUUAAAGAAGCGCUUUGAUGAGAUUUUUGAAGCUCUGAAAUAUACAAAGGCUAUUGAAAAUCUAAAGGUGCUCCGGAAGAAGCAGGUGGAGCAGCUUGCAAAGCUCCAAAACGACGAGGCGCACAACAAGGUCAACAAGGACAGAGGCGAACGGGCCGAAAAGCGUAUGACUGCGUUGCAGGCAGAAAUUGAAGCAGCUCGCGACAAGUGCGAAUCGCUCACAAAAGACAUGGAGCAAACGCAGGAUAAGAUACGCCAAAAACAUGAGCAAGCGAAUAGUUUCCUACAAAUCGUGCAGAAUCUCAACAACAAACGGGAGCAACUUGAAUACCGGCAAGAUGCUGUUAACGAGCUCAGACAGACGAUUGACGAAUUGCGUGAAGAUGAUGCGACCCUCGAGCGCUCAUUAUCCCAAUACGAAGAGAGCAUGGGUCGCUAUCAACAAGAAGCCGAGCAGAACAAGGCACAGUAUGCUGAGCUCCAAAAAGAGCUGGCGAAGCAUCGCCAAACCCAGUCGGCAAAGUUGGCCGAACAGGGAAAACACCAAUCAGAUAAGGACAAGUAUGAGCGCCAGCUCAAAGCAAGGGUGGAAUUGAUUCAGGAAGCCGCACGACAGUACAACCUCAGAGGUUUUGACGAGGACCUAAAUGACCAACAUAUCCAAGCUUUCCAAGACAAGAUUCAAAAGCUCUUGACAGAAAAGAAGAGAGACUUGGAACGGCUGCAAAAAGAAAACGCUGCGGAGCUGGACAAGGCCACGGGUGUCAUUACAGAGCUUGAGGGUCGCAAGGCAGCCAGAACGCAAGAUCGUGUUUCUGCGAAACAGCGCAUGGGGGCCAUAGAAAAGCGAACAAGCGUCCUCCAAAAUGAGGCCGGGAGCAUUGAUGUUGAUGAGGGAGCCAAGGCUGUCCUGGAUGGACAGCUUGAAGAGCUGGAAUCCAGGCUCAGGCAUGUCCAACAGGAAAUGGACAAGUCUAACUGGGACCAGCAGCUGACUGAAGCUAAUGACAAGCAAUGGCAGCUGGAAAAUGAAAAUGAAAAGCUAAGUCGUGAGCUUGUCGAAUGCACAAGGCUAGCAUCAGAGCGGGCGCAGCUUGAGCUCCGCAAGAAAGAGAUGGCAGAUCGGAAACGAAAGCUUGAAACGCUGACAGAGACUUGGAAACCUAAACUUGAUAAUGUCCUUGGAGCUGAUUGGGAACCUGAGUCUGUAGACUCUCGCUUUCAGUCGGUCCAGAGUCGUCAAAACAAAGCCCUUCAAGAUGCACAAAAACGUCGAGACCAGACGAGACAGAAGCAGCAAAAGGUUGAGUACAAGCUGAAAAACGCAAGAGAAACGCACGAGAAAAAGACCCAAGAGAUGGCCCGGAGCAAGCAAGAAGUUGUCGCUGCGCUGCAAAACGUACGCGACGGUGCUGUUGUAGAAGACUAUAUGGAAGAAGUUGCUGCGGUUGAACAGCAAGUCGAAGAGCUCCGGACUGAUCUUAGUCUCUUUGAUGCUCUCUUUGACUACUACAACAAGUGCAGACGAAUGCUGGAUACCCAGAAGAGAUGUACGCUUUGCGACCGUCAUUUUGAUGAUAGCCAGAGCGCAGCUCUCGACCGCCUCAGUAAAAAAAUUGAUAAGCAUUUGAAUCCGAAAGGCAAGGUUGAUACGGAGAAGGAUCUGAAAGAGGCUGUGGACAAUUUGGAAUCGUUACGUGCAGUUCGCUCAGCGUUCGACACGUAUGAGCGGCUUUCAGCAGAGUUGCCUGCUCUGCAGAGCGAGGUGAAGACUACCGAGGGAGAAUUUGAGUCUCUGGAGAAACAGCUCGAAGAGGAAGACGCUUUCGUUGUUGCAGAGGAGGAGAAGCUGAGAGAUCUCGGAGAUCUGGCAAAAACAGUCACCAACAUCUCUCAAACGGUUAGAGAAAUCAAAGAUGCCGAGGCUCAGGUGGACCGCAUCGUAUCUCAGCAAUCAUCCAGCGGAGUUUCUCGCAGCGUCGAGGAGAUUCAUGAGCUUCAGUCAAACUUGUCUGAGCAGCUCAGAAGCCUCAAGAACAAAAUCUCCAAGCUCACGGCUGAUAAGCAGCGGAUGAAGGAUCAGAUCAACUCACUUGAGCUUGAGAAGAGCGAGCUGCGAAACAAGAUUGGUCGCACCGCAGGUCAGCUUGAGAAGAAGAAGGAUCUCCAGAACCAGAUCCAAACUCUCAAGGAAGAUUAUACGCAUCAACGUGAAGUGAUUCAGCGGACUGAUGAAGAGCUGGAAAAGAUUGAGCCGGGCAUUGCAGAAGCACGGUCAGCGCGCGACGAGACUCUUCGUCAUGGACGAUCCAAGGAGCAAGUCAUCACGGAUGAGCGAGAUGCCAUCAUGAACUCGAUGAGCGAAAUCAAGAUGGUGGAUAACGAUAUCCAAGACUACGUUGACCGUGGCGGUCUAACCAACCUUGCUUCCAACCAACGGGCCAUUGCCUCUCUUGAGACAGCCAUCAGCACCACGGAGAAGGAGAUUGCUGAUCUUACCGUGCGGACGAACAAGCUUAAGCAGGACAUUGACAGUGGGGACCGCAAGAAGAAGAACAUCAGCGACAAUAUCAACUACCGCAAGCAUUUGCGAACGCUCGAUGUCCUACGGACAGACAUUGAAGCACUAGAGGAUCGGAAUGCCCAUGAGGACUACGAACGUCUCCAAGCAGAGGCUCGCUCGCUAGAGAACAUGUCCAACCGGCUCUUGGCCGAGCGUGGAUCUGUCAUGGGCACAAUGAAGUCCAAAGAUGAAGAACUCGGUCGCCUCUUGCAAGAAUGGGAGAUGGAUUACAAGGACGCCAAGCAAAAGUAUCGUGAGUCCCACAUUCGGGUUGAAACCACAAAGGCUGCGAUUGAGGACUUGAGUCAAUGCACUGCUACCGUCGACAAGGCAGUGAUGCAGUUUCACGCCAUGAAAAUGGCAGAGGUCAACCGCAUCGCCGGAGAGCUGUGGCAGACAACAUACCAGGGCACCGACAUUGACACCAUCCUCAUCAAAUCAGACAACGAAAACACCACGGGCAAGCGCAAUUACAACUACCGCCUCUGCAUGGUCAAGCAGGACACCGAAAUGGACAUGCGCGGGCGCUGCUCGGCCGGCCAAAAGGUACUCGCCAGCAUCGUCAUCCGCCUGGCCCUGGCGGAGUCGUUUGGCGUCAACUGCGGGCUCAUUGCGCUCGACGAGCCGACGACGAACCUCGACAGGGACAAUAUCAAGUCGCUGGCCGAGAGCCUGCAUCGCAUCAUCCAGACGAGGCAGCAGCAGAGCAAUUUCCAGCUCAUUGUGAUUACGCACGACGAGGAGUUUUUGAGGCACAUGCGGUGCAGCGACUUUUGCGAUAGCUUUUUCAGGGUGAAGAGGGAUGAGAAGCAGAAUAGCGUGAUUUCGAGGGAGAGCAUUACCAAGAUCUUUUAG